UCUUCUUCUUCUUCUUGUUCUGUUCCUGGGUUUCUGGUGUCGAGCUCAGUAGUCUCAUAAACGAUGUUCAUUGAGAGUUUCAAGGUUGAGAGCCCUAACGUUAAGUACACAGACAAUGAGAUUCAAUCUGUGUAUAGCUAUGAGACCACUGAGCUUGUUCACGAGAACAGGAACGGUACCUACCAAUGGAUCGUCAAGCCUAAAACUGUUCAAUACGAUUUCAAAACAGAUACUCGUGUUCCUAAGCUAGGGGUUCUACUUGUGGGUUGGGGAGGAAACAAUGGUUCAACCCUUACUGGUGGUGUCAUUGCUAAUCGGGAAGGAAUCUCUUGGGCUACAAAAGACAAAGUGCAGCAAGCCAACUAUUUUGGGUCGCUCACCCAGGCCUCAACCAUUCGAGUUGGAUCGUUUAAUGGGGAAGAGAUUUAUGCUCCUUUCAAGAGCUUACUCCCCAUGGUGAAUCCUGAUGAUAUUGUUUUGGGGGGUUGGGAUAUAAGCGACAUGAACCUGGCGGAUGCCAUGGCCAGGGCUAAGGUCUUUGACAUCGAUUUGCAGAAGCAAUUAAGGCCUUACAUGGAAUCCAUGGUUCCACUUCCUGGAAUUUAUGACCCUGAUUUCAUAGCUGCCAAUCAAGGCUCUCGUGCAAACAACGUUAUUAAGGGUUCGAAGAAAGAGCAGGUUCAACAAAUAAUGAAGGAUAUAAGGGAUUUCAAGGAAGCUAGUAAGGUAGACAAGGUUGUCGUUCUUUGGACAGCGAACACGGAAAGAUACAGCAAUGUAGUUGUCGGGCUGAAUGAUACCAUGGAGACUCUGUUAGCUUCUCUUGAGAAGAACGAGUCUGAAAUAUCUCCAUCGACCUUGUACGCAAUUGCCUGUGUUUUUGAGGACAUCCCUUUUAUCAAUGGAAGCCCACAGAACACCUUUGUUCCAGGGCUGAUUGAUUUGGCUAUCAGGAGGAACUGUUUGAUCGGUGGAGACGAUUUCAAGAGUGGCCAGACCAAGAUGAAGUCUGUAUUGGUUGAUUUCCUUGUGGGGGCUGGUAUUAAGCCGACCUCAAUAGUGAGUUACAACCAUUUGGGAAAUAACGACGGCAUGAAUCUCUCGGCACCUCAAACCUUCCGAUCGAAGGAGAUCUCAAAGAGCAAUGUAGUGGACGACAUGGUUUCCAGUAAUGGCAUUCUCUACGAGCCAGGCGAGCACCCUGAUCAUGUCAUCGUGAUCAAGUAUGUGCCAUACGUGGGAGACAGCAAGAGAGCAAUGGAUGAGUACACAUCGGAGAUAUUCAUGGGAGGGAAGAGCACAAUCGUCCUUCACAAUACGUGUGAGGAUUCCUUGUUGGCUGCUCCCAUUAUCUUGGAUUUGGUCCUCUUGGCUGAGCUCAGUACUCGGAUCGAAUUCAAAGCUGAAGGAGAGGGCAAGUUCCACACUUUCCACCCUGUGGCCACCAUUCUGAGCUACCUCACAAAGGCUCCACUGGUUCCACCUGGUACUCCAGUGGUGAAUGCUCUGUCGAAGCAGAGAGCAAUGCUUGAGAACAUCUUGAGGGCCUGUAUUGGAUUAGCUCCGGAGAAUAACAUGAUUUUGGAAUACAAAUGAAGUGAGAAGUCCAGU